AUGACCUCCCCACUAUCAUCUCAAACAACCCCAACAGUCGUCUUCUUCGGCGCCACGGGCGGCGUGGUCAACGCGGCCCUCGUCCAUACCUUGAAAGCAGGCUACCGAGCGAUCGCGCUCGUGCGCAAUCCCGAGAAACUACGCGCUCAACUAGCCCGUCAAGGUGUCGACGAAGCCCUCAUUCACAACGAUAGUGAUGAUGUCGACAACGCCAGUGGCACCAACACUGGCCUCACCAUUGUCCAAGGCAACGCUCUCGACCUCGAUGCUGUGAAACGAACACUCAGCUUAGCCACUACAGGUGGCCGUCACUACCACAGCCCUGGCGACUGGCAUAUCGUGACCGGCCUCGGCGGCUCGCCCAAGCUCACCUUCGACUGGUGCCACCCAGGCCACAUCGCGACGCUGGACGACCCGACCAUCUGCGAAAAGGCGGCGCGGACGCUCCUGACGGCCCUGCGCGAGGUAUAUCAUGGCAGCUCCGAAAAGAAGAACGCGGCACUCGAGCAGCACCCAACCAACAACAAGCCGCUGUUGACGUUCGUCUCGACCACAGGGGUCACGCGCGGCGUGGAGGAUGUCCCGUUUGUCAUGCGCUUCUUGUAUCAUCAGAUGCUGGCCAUUCCGCAUGCCGACAAGAAGAAGAUGGAGGAUCUGUAUCGUGCAGAGGCGGAGAAGAGUGGCAAGGGUGACGAGGCCGUGGUGCGCAAUGUCGUGGGUAUUCGGCCGACUUUGUUGUCUGGUGGUGUGUCGUGUACGGAUGCCGUUGGACUGCACGCCGUCAGGAGCGGGACUGAAGAUUCUCCGGCGAUCGGGUAUAGUAUCAAGAGAGCGGAUGUCGGGCAUUGGAUCUUUGAGAAUGUGAUCGAUCAGGCGAAGAGACGGAAGGAAUUGGAAGGCCAAAUGAUCACACUGACGACUUGA